AUGGAAACAAUCUCACAAGAUCACUCCAAGUUAGACUCAGAUAUGAUUACUGACGGUAUGAAGCCAUUGGUUGAAUUCGACCCAUCCAUAAAGGUCAAAUCUAUAAUUACGGAAGUCCAGGCAAGAUUCAACUACACUAUUAGUUAUUGGAAGGCUUGGCUGGCAAAGCAGAAGUCGAUAGCCAAUGUUUUCGGUAGAUGGAAAGAAUCUUACCGAGAUUUGCUGUUGUGGUUCUUGGCAAUGGUUCAGAAGAUGCCUGGUUCACAAGUCCAAAUAGAAAUACGACUCCUGUAUAACGAGAGUCAAGAGGUGGACGGUGUUAGGAUACUUCAUCGGGUAUUCUGGAGUUUCAAUCCAUGCAUAAGAGCUUUCAAAUAUUGCAAGCCACUGGUUCAGGUUGACACAACCCACCUAUACGGAAAAUAUAAAGGUUGCCUUUUGGUUUCAGUUGCGCUAGAUGAAAAUCAAAACAUUGUACCGAUUACUUUUGCAAUUGUAAAGGAUGAGACUGCUAAUGCCUGGCACUUUUUUCUCAGUAAUUUACAAACAUAUGUUGUAAGAAGAGACGGCGUGGGUAUAAUCUCUGAUCGUCAUGAGUCAAUUCGGGCCGCAAUAAAUCGUAGUGGAGGUGAUUGGAAACCUCUGAGAGCAUGGUGGAUGUUUUGUAUUCGGCACAUUGGUAGAAACUUCUUAAGGGAAUUCAAGGUCCCGCACUUGCAAAAGCUUGUGGUCAACAUUGGGUAUUCAAGAACAGUGGAGGAGUAA